UUCAAAAGAAAGAAAAGAAAGGAGAGGAAACAGGAAAAGUAGAAGAAGAAAGUCCAAUCAAAAUUCUAGGAAAGGCAGAAGGAGCAAGAAUCGUGGCAAGUUCGCCAGCAUGAGCCACCAAAGAUACAACCGGCGGCAAAUGUAGGAGAAAAAACAAACUUAUCUAGAAGAUAAAAUAAAUAAAGAAAUAAAUAUAGUUAGAGUGUCAAAAUAAAAAUUCCACAAAAGAGACCCAUUUUUCUCUCUCUCUCUCUCUGUGGAUUCAGACAAAAAUCCCAUCAGCUGCCAUACUAGACUACCCACUUUGCAUUUUAUUAUUAGUAACUCUUUCUCUGCCUUUUCCCUUCACUUUCUCUCCAACACCGCCUGCACUGGCUACGCCUCUGUAGCCACCACCGAAGCCUCUAGCUUUUCCUUUAUACUCUUACAAAAGAACCAAAAAGUUUUGCAAAUUCAUUAUUUUACUUUUCCUAAACCUUUUUCUUAGAAAAGGGGUUUUUGUUUCCUUUUUUGUUUUUUCGCAAAUUCUGUGGUGUUUUUUUUUUUAAAGUUCUUGAAAGUUAGUUAUGGAGCCGCCGGAGAAUAGUAAUAAGGAUGGUAAGGGCUACGAAUUGGCGGAGAAAAUCAUCCUACGGUGGGAUUCAACGGCAUCGGAGGAAGCAAGAGAGAGAAUGAUAUUCGAAUCGGAUCGUCAAGAAGCCGAUCUUUACCUCCAAGCCGUCGAUGAAAUCCAACGGUCCUUAUCCAACGCAUCAAUCUCAACCUCUUCCAACAACAACGCCGAUGAUCGGUCUAAAGUCAACACCACAAUCCAGAUCGCCAUGGCUCGUCUCGAAGAGGAGUUCCGCAACAUCCUCAUCACUCACACCUCAGCUUUUGAAACUGAUUCCCUCUUCGAUCCGGCGUCGUCUUCAUCAUCAACUCCUUCUCAUCACGAGCACGAAGAAGAUGACAGCUUAAGCAACGACAAUAGCAUUAACAACAUUCUCCUUCAGCUUCAUCACUGUGGAUCUUCUGAUAGUACGAGUUACCGAUCUACGAGCAGUAUCCGAGAAGUGGAUCUGAUGCCGGCCGAAGCGAUUUGCGAUUUACAAGCGAUUGCGAUGAGGAUGGUCUCGUCUGGGUACUUUCGCGAGUGUAUUCAAGUGUACGGGAGCGUCAGGAAAUCCACCGUUGACUCGAGUUUUAGGAAACUCGGAAUCGAGAAGCUGAGCAUCGGAGAUAUCCAAAGGCUUGAAUGGGAAGCUUUGGAGAGUAAAAUUCGGCGUUGGAUUCGAGCGGCGAGAGUUUGUGUCAGGAUUUUGUUUGCGAGCGAGAAGAAGCUUUGUGAGCAAAUCUUUAAGUGUGUCGGAACGGAUAUUGAUGACGCGUGUUUUAUGGAAACGGUUAAAGGGCCAGCAAUUCAGUUAUUUAACUUCGCGGAAGCCAUAAGUAUAAGUAAGAGAUCUCCUGAAAAGCUUUUUAAGAUGCUUGAUUUACAUGAUGCUUUGAUGGAAUUAUUACCUGAUAUUGAGGCGGUUUUCGAUUCUAAAUCAUCGGACUCGAUUCGAGUUCAGGCUACCGAGAUUUUGUCCAGGUUAGCCGAGGCUGUUCGAGGGAUUUUGUCUGAAUUCGAAAACGCAGUUUUAAGAGAGCCCUCUAGGGUGCCUGUCCCUGGUGGGACGAUCCAUCCUUUGACUAGGUAUGUCAUGAAUUAUAUCAGUUUGAUAUCUGAUUACAAACAGACUUUGAUUGAGCUUAUAAUGUCAAAACCGUCCACGGGUUCGAGGUAUUCGGGUGAUCCAUCUACCCCAGAUAUGGAAUUUGCUGAGUUAGAAGGGAAAACUCCUUUAGCUUUGCAUUUGAUUUGGAUUAUUGUGGUUUUGCAAUUCAAUUUGGAUGGGAAGUCUAAGCAUUAUACAGAUGCAUCUUUGGUACAUUUGUUUAUGAUGAAUAAUGUUCAUUAUAUCGUUCAGAAGGUUAAAGGGUCACCCGAGUUGAGGGAAAUGAUUGGGGAUGAUUAUUUGAGGAAGCUGACGGGGAAGUUUAGGCAGGCCGCCACGAAUUAUCAGAGAGCUGCCUGGGUGAGUGUUUUAUAUUGUUUGAGAGAUGAAGGGUUGCAUGUGAGUGGGGCUUUUUCUUCUGGGGUGUCGAAGAGUGCAUUGAGGGAAAGGUUUAAGACUUUCAAUGCUAUGUUUGAAGAGGUUCAUAGGACUCAAGCAACAUGGUUGGUACCUGAUGCUCAGCUCCGAGAGGAACUAAGGAUUUCUAUAUCCGAGACGUUGAUCCCAGCUUACAGGUCAUUUCUUGGGCGGUUUAGGAGCCAUAUAGAGAGUGGAAAGCACCCAGAGAACUACAUCAAGUAUUCAGUUGAAGACUUGGAAACUGCUGUGUUGGAUUUCUUUGAGGGAUACCCUGUGUCCCGGCACUUGAGGAGGAGAUCUCAGUGAAGGAGUGAUGUCAGCUGAGAUGAGUUUUGCCAUGGUAGAAACUAGGAGACAUUCUUUCAAUUUUUUUUGUGGGGUAUUUGGGCUAUAUGGUGCUGGUGAAUCUGGGCUGCCCUGAGCUCUCCAGUUUGUUUAAUACCGGCUGGUUGAAUUAUUUCCACGGUCGAGGAAGCAACAAGAUCAGGUGUUAGCUUUCCAAAAUAGCCAGGCCCUUGGAGCCUGAAUGCUUUCUGCUCUGUAAGCAUUAUGUUGGUUUUGUUACCACAUUCUAGAUUUUGUUCCAUUUGUUCAUAAGGUUAUUGUUGUAUUUGUAAUUUGUAAUUUUGUAUGUGUGUUUGCUUUUACUAUUAUUAAUAAUGUGAAGAAGCAUUUUUUUCCCCUUUUUCUACCCUCUUUUCUUUUAUAUCAGUAACCACAUUUUAGGUUUGCAUACCUGAUUGAUUGCAUGAUAAGAAUGAUGCAUUGAUGUUUAUAUUUUAGUUAAUUUUUCUUGGCGGUGACUUAUGUUCACUUACCUGUAUAAAUGGUGACAAAAUGCAUGAGGAAAUUAUAGUUUUGCUUGAAUUGAAAGGUGAUGCUGGAACCUGGAAGUUGGCUGGU